UGAGGUGAGUGCUCUUUCGCCCAAUGUGCACAACGUUGCAUUUGCGCUGCCCGAUUGGGCAGUUUGUGUGGCGCAGUGCGUCGGUUGGGGCACGUAGUAAUGUCCUUGCGCGUCUCUGGCUGUGGAACGAUGCUCGGUUUAGCAGGUGAGUGAAUUGGGGAGUUUUACGUGUUGAAGCCUGCCAUUUGGGAGAGGAGUUGGUGGAUGGCGUAUUUUGGUGUCGUGAGGUGCGGUGCCAUGCUGGUGCUGUUGUUGUUGGAGCUGCUGAUGCUGAUGCUGCUGUACUGAGUGGCUCUGGGGCUCGCUGGGCUUGUAGUGUCAACACCACGCCGGGCCUACUCGUGUGUCCUUCUGCUAUACCACACACACAUCAAUCAAAGCACUCUGUCGUCUCCCUCUGAAGAACUCGCCCUGCCUGGUGGUCCAUGGGCGAAGGAUGUCUCCACGUUCUGGCCCAUGUCCUCCUCUUCAGCCACUGUCUUCUAAAUUUAGACUGCACAUUACACCCAGACACCACUUGCUUCGGCGUUAUUGCCGGAUUGGGCCUUCCACGGGGUUGGGAUACACAGCUUUGUUAGACAUAUAAAGAGAGAGAACGCUCAACACCUUC